AUGGCUCCCGCCGCCGUGCAGCCGCCCGAGAUCCAGUUCGCUCAGCGGCUGGCCGCCAACGAGAAGCGCAUCCGGGACCGCGCCGUGAAGAAGCUGCGGGGGUACAUCAGCGUCCGGACCCAGCGCCCGGCCGGUGGCUUCAGCCAGGAAGAACUGCUAAAAAUAUGGAAGGGCCUGUUCUAUUGUAUGUGGAUGCAGGAUAAACCUCUGCUACAGGAGGAACUUGCAGGCAAUAUCUCACAGCUUAUCCAUGUGAUUCAGAAUACAGAGGCUCGACACCUGUUCAUUCAGACAUUUUGGCAAACUAUGAACCGUGAAUGGAAUGGGAUAGACAAUCUGCGUCUUGAUAAGUACUAUAUGCUAAUGCGUAUGAUUUUGAGGCAAUCCUUUGAAGUGCUGAAAAGAAAUGAAUGGGAUGAAAGUCUAAUUGAACUAUUCCUGCAGCUACUAAUGAAAGAAGUUAUGGACCCAGACAGCAACGCUCCCAUUGGGAUAAAGUUACAUUUCAUUGAUAUCUAUCUGGAUGAAUUGGCUAAAGUUGGUGCAAAGGAGCUUACAGCAGACCAGAAUCUCAAGUUCAUUGAACCUUUCUGCAAAAUUGCUGCCAAAUCAAAGGAUCGCUGUGUGAUGCAUGCUGUAGCCACUGGUAUCUUUGAGAUCAUUGUGGAUCAGUCCCCCUACGCCAUCGAGGACCUAAUGAAAGAACUGGGUAGCAACAGUGAUGAGGAGGAUGUGUCUGAAGAAGACAAACAGGAAAAUGAAGAGGUGCUGAAAACCAAAGCAGACAGAUGUUUGUCAAGCAAAUCAGUGCAGAGCUCUGAAAAAACAGAGGAUGUUUAUGAAAAUGCUGAUGACAGUAUCGGGACUGUUCUUCAGUUUGAUUAUAAGGCUGUUGCUGACAAACUCUUUGAAUUGGCGAGCAAGAAAAAUACGCCUUCCCUUAACAGAAAGCGUCUGUACAAGCUGGUCAAAAAGUUCCAGGACUUAGCAGAAGGAAUCUUCCCCCAAGAUUUUCCCGAAGACGUUUCUACAGAUGAAGAUGAUGAUGAAUUCAGCAGGGGAAGGCGAAAGAAAAAAGCUAUCAAGUCUUGGGAGAAAAACAAGUUGGAAAAAGUAAAAGAGGAUGAACAAGAGAUGUCAAGUGCAAAGGAGGCAUCAGUUCCCCAGAAGAAGAGGAAAAAAAGGAAGAAGAGGGAGAGCCCAAGUGCUGAUUCUGGAACAGCUGAUGGAAAAUGUGAGGAGGGAAUAGCUGAAACAUCUGGAUCUAAUGUUUUUAGCCAGGGAAAGGUGCCAGAAAAUAACAAGGAAAGGAAGAAAAAGAAAUUGCUAGUAAAUGAGGCAAAUGAGACCACAAAUGUAGCAACUGACACUAGAGAAAAUCAGAGUAUGUCUGCGCAGAACAGUCCGACUGAUGCAGAACAGAGUAAAAAGAGUCAGUUGAAGAAAAUGAAUCCAAAAGUGCAAAAUGUUUCUGUAAAACCAGCGUGUCAGAAUGGACCAGCUAAUGCCAGUGAGGCAGAGGAUGUCAGCCCAUCUGUCACACCAUUAACUCCUAAGGUUGUGAAAAAGAAACAGAAAGCAGGGGCUGUCUUGGUGAAUGGGGAUACCCUUUUGCAGCAAACUGACAUGAAAUCCAACAAGGAGGGCUUGCUGGGGACCCUGUCAGGAGAUGCAGACUCUGAAUUUGUGCCCUCCAGAAAGGUCAAAUUGAAGACAAAGACAAAGCUAGUUGGUUUGGAAGGGAUGAAAGUCCCCAGCCAGAAAGCAGCAACCUUGAAAAAGAAGAGAAAAGUAAAAGAGGUGCUAAACUCUGCUGAAGCCAAUGGAGUUCUGGAGACUGCAUGCAAGAAAAGCAGGAAGGGGGAAAGCAAUGCUGCUCUAUCAUCAUUAAAGAAAAAGAAAGCAAAACCAGGAAGUGAUUUUGUAAAAUUUGAAAAAUCAACCUUACCAAAGCCAGUAUUCUUCAGGAAAGCCAGAAGCACCAUCUCUUCCACCAGGGCAUCCAUGCAGCUGAACAAGCUGCAGUCAUCCAGCUCCAAAAAAGUCACGUUUGGCUUGAAUAAAAACAUGACUGCUGAAUUUAAAAAGACUGACAAAAGUAUAUUAGUGAGCCCAGAAGGACCCUCCCGUGUGGCUUUCAAUCCUGAACAGAAACCCCGUCAUGGAGUGCUUAAGUCACCCACAGGUACCCCAGCAGGAGAGCCUCACAUGAAGAAACCAUUUGCUAUAUCAGCUAAGAAGAGACCAACUGCUGUGGACUUCUUGUAAACCAACAGAUGUGGCCUACUUUUGUACAGGACAUUUUGCUAACCUAGAAUGUUCUCUGGAGGUAUUUUGAACUUCCUUAUUUUUUUAAGUUAAUACGAAUUGUAUAUACAAAAUUCUGAUUAUGACCUGGGACAUCGCUAUUUUGACACCACUUCAGCUGUAUCUUGAAAUACUUGUUUUGUCUAUUUACAGAAAAGAAACAAAAUCCAGUCUCUGCUCAGGUUUGGUCUACAAAAAGUAUGGUCUUUGCCCAUGUCAUUCCCGAGAGACUUGUUCAUUUAGUUAAGGAGUGUUCAGGGUUUGAUUGUUCCGGUAACUUUUUUGAGUCAGUUUAAGAAAACUUGCACUUCAUGCUAUUAAACUGUCUUUCACUGGAUAGGGCUUAAAAUGGAAAAAGACAGUGUAGAUUUUAAACCUACUAGUUGCUCAUGUAUUUUAAAAUUUUAUUACAUCCUUUUUCCUGUGUCACCCUUGGCAUCCUGUUAAUUCUUCUGGAAAUAAUGAUUACCUCAUGUCUCUGUUCAAUAACAGCCGGACCUGGGUAGCUUUAUAGAUAGUAAGCAAGCUUUCCCUGGGAUAAGAAAUGCCUAGCUGCUCAAGUGGUCACUGUUGCAAAUAAACCUUCACAGCUGGCUGCCUGCUGAGUUGGAACAGUCACCACAUUAUUUUCAGUAACACAAGUGCCAAAGCUGGCUUAUGCUUGUCAUAUUGUAAGCUGGCUGCUUCUCUUUACUGUAACUGAAAUAAUGCUCUUGCACAGGAGAAAUCUUUGAUAUUUCCAGGUCUCCCCGUUCACCCCCCACUGCUGUCUUUCCUGAAGGUCUGACAAGACUCCUAGUUUUCUUCUUUAGCAGCUGGUGUCACCACAUUUUACCAGAACUCGGAUCUCAUUAAGUGAAUGAACCUCUGAUUGUCCUAAAGUGAGCUAGAUCGGUGUAGUGCAUCUUUGGUUAGGACACACAUCUCUCUGUAGAAGCUUUGGUGCCUCUCAAUACAGGGUAAAACUUUACAGCUCAGAAAGCUUGGUUUUGAUUUUGAUGUAGAACCAGAAGAAUUCUUUCUGCAGCAUUUCCUUGCGUUGGUUUUAUUUGGAUAUUUUAUUACUACUGUGCAUGUUUUGUUUUUUCUUUGCUUCUUUGGUAAAGAAUGAGGUGUACUUCUGUGAGAGACCAUUAAUGUAUUCUGAGGGGGAACUAUGAGGAAGGGGAGAGCAAAUGAAAAUAAAAACUUUUUUGAUACGGUUGAAGGAUUUGAAAUCUUUCUUUCGAAGUUUUGCUUAUACGAAUGAGGCAAAGGCUUUGCAGUGGAUCUCUAUGUUAGAGCUCAGCUUCAAAGCACAACCUGAUGCCAAAGCAAAGCUAUUCCUGAAGCUUCCCACCAGUUACUUCUGUGAUCCUGUAAGAGAGAGGGUAGGCCUGCUUCAUUACCUUGUCUUGUGGUAACUGGUAAACAUUUGGCUACUUCAGCCAGCAAAGUUAAAUUUUGUGACAUAAUAUAUUUGCAUACUUCAAUACUACUUUUUACCAGUCUUUGAUGCUGACUGUCCUCUGCCACAUCACUCCCUGUAAGCAACUGGAUUGAAACUGCUCCUUCAUAGCUCAUCUAGAAUUUCUUCAAUAUACUUGUGCACUUGUAGAUUGCUGGUUGGUCUCAGUUGCUCAGUUCUAAUCUGUGCCAGUUCUUGCACUAAGUUUGUGACAGCACAUGGUUUGUGGUACUGCCAGAAAGUCAUUUUGCUCUUGUCUUUUCUCAUUUAAUUUGGUUUUGGUUUAGUUUGUAUUGGUUUGACUGAUCAGUAAAGAAAUCUGGAGAAUACAUCUGAUAGAAUUAAUAAUACUUGCUGUUUCAGCAAUUGUUGUUCAUUUUUUUUUUUUAAAAUCUCAUUGUAUAUUAGCAUAAUGCAUUUUUUUGACAAGACGAUGGUAAGUAGGAUUUAACAAAGACUGUUCAAUAUGUUGUACUGUUUAUCUUGUACUGUGGGUGAGAAGUCUUUUGUGGAAUAUGCAUAAAAGCAUUUGUAUGUGCAUGGUUGUUAAUGCAUUAUGUUGAAGAUGCCAUAUUCCUCCAAGGAUAUAGAUGCAAACAAUCAGUAGGUGGAUCUGGUGCACACAGAAAAAUCCAGGAUCAGGACACAUUGGGGUUUGGUUUUGUUUGGUUUUGUUUUUAAUACAUACAGCCUGUAUGGAAAUGUAUUUAAAUGGUUGUCUGGAUCUUUUUCUGUUGGUUGUGGAUCCAUUGAACCUGUUGCUUGUCCAAAUACUUUGUUGCCCACAGUGCUAAAUGGAGAGGGCAGAAAUGGCAGUCAGCUUUUUAUCUAAAAUUUUAGUGAUGUGAUUGCUUGUUGAGAUUCAUGCAUAAACCAUCUGUGCCAUGAAACUGGUGGAAUGUUUUGUAAAUAUACGUUUGUGGUGUGUAUUGUCUUCAGUGGUGUCUGGAAUUUCAUUCAGGAGAACUUCACAAACAAAAACCAAGCACUGUCAAUGCAGUUUAAUUGACAUUGCUGGGUCAAAUUGAAUACGUUACCCAAAAUAUUUGGAUAGUGAAAAUUCCAAUAAACAUUGAAGACAAAAAAAAAAAGGAGAAAUAAAUGUAACAUCUGGUAUAUCCACUGCACAGACAUGAUAGUACUGUAAGGAGAGAUGUAUCUAUAGGAAAAGAGAAAAUUGAUCUGACCUGUUUGAUGUCGCUUCAUAGGUUUUUCCAUAGUGUUAUUUUGACUCUGCAGCUGCCAAUCAUGCUCUGAGUCAAAGUAAGUUAAUGUGGCAUACCUUUUAAAGGACAGUAUUUUGUAAUGAUUGUCUCUACAUUUUUGUUACGAAUCUCAUCAACUUUGUACUUCUCAAGCUCUAAUAGUUUAUAAUUCUUUAUAGCUUCAAGAGAACCUAAAAGCACAAAAUUAAUUCAGCAAGGCAAAAAGUUGAAAUUAAAUUAUUGGGUAUGCAAGAUCUUUUAUAGUCUGUCAAAGCUGUGUGACUUCAAAAGCAUCAAACACCCUUUUUGUCAUUUAUUUCCUGUGCUUAGACUUAAUUACAGGCAGAAAAAAAAAAAUCCAUGUGUCAUUUUAUGUACCUCUGCAACAGCAUUGUUAAUAUAAAUACAGUGUCUAAGCAUUACAUCAUUUACUCUAGUCCAAUAAACCAUCUGUAUU